AUGGUGAAUUCACGGAAACGUCCUGGAACACCUUCACGGCGAGGAGGUAAACGGACGGAUCAUAAAGAAAAUGUGGAAGUAGUUUGUCGUUUAUGUCCAUAUAAAGGAAAUGAUCCUUGCGUGAUACCAAUCGAUGAUGAGCAUGUUCGAUUUGUUCAACCUGCUUCUAUACAGUCCAGGAACGGUGUGCCGUUGGAAGCUACUUACGAAUUUUCAUAUGUCUUUGACGACAGUGAUAGUCAGCGGGUCGUGUUUGAACGUACUGCUUUGGAUUUGAUCGAAAAUCUGAUCCGCGGAAAGAAUUCACUACUUUUCACUUAUGGAGUAACUGGAAGUGGUAAAACUUACACAAUGACCGGAAAUACUGAAGAAGAGUCGAUUGGAAUUCUUCCACGUACUCUCGAUGUCAUAUUCAAUUCUUUGAUCAACCGCGUAGAUAAAUGUGUUUUCAAACCAGAUGGGCGUAAUGGUUUUAAUGUGCGUGAUGAGUUUGAAUCAGCACUUGCACGACGACGCUUAGAACUCGAACAUUCCGAUAAUGGAAUUGAAUUAGCAAAUCGCUAUGUUGAACGUCGAAGGGUUAGCGGUGCUAAUCCAGAUUUGGCUUGUGCAGUAUUCGUUUCAUAUAUUGAAAUUUAUAAUGAAGUUUGUUACGAUCUUCUUGAAGAACCGCUACUCAAAGCAGAUGGUACUAGGACACUGUCUGGUAAGGAUAUCAAACUGGGUGCCAAUAACAUGUUUUACGUGGGUAAUACAACUGAAGUUGAAGUGGAUUCAAGUGAUGAAGCAUUAGAACAGUUUUACCGAGGACAAGAAAGACGUCGUGUUGGUGAUACGUUAUUGAAUAAACAGAGUAGUCGAUCACACUCUAUAUUUAACAUUCGUGUGGUAAUGGCUCCUUGUCUUCUAAAUACGUGUUAUCCUGAUACGGAUCCUACUAAGAUACAUGUUAGCCAGUUAUCACUAGUUGACCUGGCUGGGUCAGAACGAACAAAAAGGACAGGAAAUGAAGGAGCACGCCUUAUUGAAAGCGGCAAAAUAAAUCAAGGACUUUCAGUUCUUCGUCAGUGCUUUGAGAAAUUGCGAGACAAUCAGUUGCGUGAUAAGGCAGUUGCAAUUUCGUACAGAGAAUCGAAAAUAACACAUCUAUUUAAAAAUUUUUUCGAAGGAACUGGAAAAGUGCGCAUGAUCAUUUGUCUGAAUCCAAAACCGGAAGAUUUCAAUGAGAAUCAGGGUGUGUUAAAUUUUGCACAGCUAUCGAAGGAUAUUGCAGUUUUGGAAGGGAACGAAAUCAUGCCACCGUCUGAAUCCGGUUUCCCAGUUAGUCGUCGUGAUUUCCUAAAAUGGUUGAACGAAUUAGGACCUAUACAUGCCUCGAAAAAACCAGUGUUAUCCUUCCCAUCACCACCACCGUUCAGUGUUUCCGGCCCAGAGGAUGCAGAAUCAAUUGCUCGGUUACGCGAGUAUUAUCAACACAGUGCACAGGAAUAUAGUUCUUUGCAUGCAGUAUUUGAACGUAGAGCGGCUGAAAUGGAGCAACACUUGCAACGAGCCUUGUGUACUGUUGAUUUACAAGAAGUGCGUAUUCAACAACUUGAAGCGGAGAGGGAUGAAACGGAACGACUUUUAUCAACAUUGACAUAUAAGAUGAAACAAAUGCGGCAUGAAAACUUGAAUUUACGUCAACGUUUGGAUCGUUGUGAAUCGGAAGAGAACGAGAAGUUAAAUCAAGAGGAGGAACAUAGACGACGUGAAAAAUUGUAUCAGGAACAGCUUCGUAAAAAGGAAAAAACACUUCACCAGGUACGUGAAAUAUGUGAAAGACCGCUUGUUUCAUCAACUAGGCGUUUCAAAAGCAUUGAAAAUAUUCAUAAUGCGGCCACAGUAGAUGGUGAUAAUUUGGUCGUUGAUGCCACGAUCGUGCAAAAUGAAGAAUUGUCGACACCUCACCGUGUUGCACUUGCAAGACAGAAGUGGGAAGCACGAACUGCGAAUCAAAAUGCUUUAGCAAAAACUCGCACCGGUUAUUACAAUGCACGAUUUCACAGACGAUCUAAAAGUGCGAACAGUAGAGUGAUUGAUCAUCAACCUCGAAAUCGUAUUCCGGAAGGGACGAUCUUGCAGCCACGAAUGCCGAAAUUUUCUAAAACUAGAAAUAAAUUGAGUGCGGAAGAACUGAAAAAAUGCUCUAAUUAUGUGCUGACACAUCAGGAGAUUGAUAAAGAGGGUUGUCUCACUACACAAGUUGUUAAGGGUGAGUGUAUCCCAACUGCUGGAGGAGGCACGGCAGUGCGUUUCAAUGACGUGGAGCGAUUGUCACACGAAUCACCAAAAGUUUAA